CUCAACAAAGCCGCACUUAUGAGUCGAAUUCUCUGCCGUUCCGUCCAUUUGUUGCGUUUGAGGGUGCCAAUGGCUCGAAGCGCGUCGUACCUCAUCGAUGACCCCAAAUAUUCCUUCCUCAAGGACUUGGGGCUCGAGAAGACCAAUGUCGGUGUGUUUAACGGAAAAUGGGAGGCGAAUGGGCAGAUCAUCCAAUCCCUGAGCCCCGCAAACGGCAAUAUCAUAGCUGAGGUGAAGUCAGCCAGUUUGGCGGACUACGACAAAUGCGCGAAGGCGGCUGAGGACGCGUGGCAUACGUGGGCGGAGUUGCCCGCUCCGAGCAGGGGGGAGAUAGUGCGGCAGAUUGGAGAUGCGCUGCGGGAGAAGCUGCAACCCCUAGGGCAGUUGGUGUCGCUGGAGAUGGGCAAGAUCCUUCCUGAGGCAAUUGGAGAGGUGGUGGAGUAUAUCCACGUUUGUGAUCUGGCUCUUGGUCUCUCCCGGUCUCUACCCGGCACCAUCUUCCCCUCGGAGAGGCCUGGACACGUGCUCAUCGAGAAAUGGAACCCGCUGGGUCUGAUUGGCAUCAUCACAGCCUUCAACUUCCCAGUCGCGGUGUUUGGAUGGAACAGCGCCAUUGCUAUGGUAUGCGGCGACACGAGCGUAUGGAAGCCCGCCGAGACCACGCCCCUCAUCGCGGUGGCGGUCACCAAGAUUGUGGAGAGCGUGCUUGUCAAGAACAACAUUCCCGGAGCCGUUGCUGCGUUGUGCGUCGGAGGAAAGGACAUCGGACAGACUAUCGCUAAGGAUAAACGGAUGAAGCUGGUCUCUUUCACUGGCAGCACCAAAGUCGGACAGGAGGUGGGCGUAGAAGUGCAGCGUCGUUUCGGCCGCCAUCUUCUGGAGUUGGGCGGAAACAACGCGAUCAUAGUGAACGCGGACGCCAACCUUGACCUGCUUCUCAACGCCGCGCUGUUCGCGUGCGCCGGCACCGCCGGGCAGCGCUGCACCACCACCAGGCGCCUGUUUAUACACAAGAAGGUAUUUGGAGAAGUAGUCUCCCGGCUGAAGAAGGCGUACGCGGGUGUUGUCAGCAAGAUCGGUGACCCGCUUCUACCGGAGACGCUGAUAGGGCCGCUCCACACGCCCGCAGCGGUACAGGCCUAUAAGAAUACAGUCGCUGAGGCCGUCAAGCAGGGCGGCAAGAUCGAGUUCGGUGGCAAGGUAAUGGAACGCGAGGGUUACUUUGUGGAACCAACAAUCAUCACCGGUCUGCCACACGACAGUCCCCUGGUUCACUCCGAGUGCUUCGCGCCGAUAGUCUACUGCGUCGAGAUACCCGACCUCAACACCGCUGUACAAUACAACAAUGAAGUCGAACAAGGAUUGUCCUCUAGUCUGUUCACUGAAAACCUGGGCGAUAUCUUCAAGUGGAUCGGCCCCCACGGUUCAGACUGCGGCAUCGUAAACGUGAAUAUCCCCACUAAUGGCGCUGAAGUCGGAGGCGCUUUCGGCGGCGAGAAGGCCACGGGAGGCGGUCGGGAGUGCGGCUCGGACUCAUGGAAGAACUACAUGCGCCGUUCCACCGUCACCAUCAACUACUCAGGGACCAUUAAGCUGGCCCAGAAUAUUAAAUUCGGCGACCAGUAGACAUUCCAAAAUUUUCCAAUUUGAAAUUUCCAAAUUCAAACUUCUCUUUGUUUCAAAAUGGCGCUUUCAAAACGUCAGAUUUGAAAAUAGAAGUAUAGUUUCUUUUUCUAAACGAUGCGAUCAAUUUUCGUAUGUGGUCAUUAUGAAAAAUUAGGUUUUGAAUAUUUUUCGCAUUUGUGUACAAGUGUUGCAAUGUCGAGUUAUGUUCUCAAAGAAAAAAAGUUUUAUGUUAAAACUAAGCUCAUUUAUAGAGCGUAUUGAGAGAAGUUUCUGUCUUGCUUGCACCUUUUAAGCAUUCAAUUAUAAAGUCUCGAUUAUAAAUAUUAUUCAUGAAACUUUUUGUAUGCUAUUCAUGUACUGAUAUAAGACUGAAAAUUAUAUAAGAAAUAAAAUAUUUACAAAUUUUAA